AAAUUUCACAUCCCUUCUCUAAUUUUUAGUUCUCGGCCCUUUUUAAUGUGAACACCAAACAUGGCUGGUACGACAAUUUCGAAAAAACGAAAGUUCGUUGGAGAUGGAGUUUUUAAGGCUGAGUUGAAUGAGUUUUUGACUCGUGAACUGGCAGAAGAUGGAUAUUCCGGUGUUGAGGUUCGCGUUACCCCACAAAAAACUGAAAUUAUCCUUAUGGCUACGCAUACACAGAGUGUAUUAGGAGAGAAGGGCAGGAGAAUCAGAGAGCUGACUUCGGUCGUUCAGAAACGUUUUAACUUUAAGGAUUACAGUAUUGAAUUAUAUGCUGAGAAAGUUGCUACAAGAGGACUUUGUGCUAUUGCGCAAGCAGAGUCUCUUAGAUAUAAGUUAAUUGGUGGACUUGCCGUACGAAGAGCUUGUUACGGAGUACUGAGAUUCAUUAUGGAGUCUGGUGCUAAAGGUUGCGAAGUUGUUGUUAGUGGGAAGCUCAGAGGUCAAAGAGCCAAGUCGAUGAAAUUUGUAGAUGGACUUAUGAUUCAUUCCGGUGAACCUACGAAUGAUUAUGUUAACACCGCAACUCGGCAUGUACUUCUUAGGCAAGGUGUAUUGGGCAUCAAAGUAAAAAUUAUGCUGCCAUGGGAUGUUAAUGGUAAAAUUGGUCCUAAGAAACCAUUACCUGAUAAUGUCACUGUUCAAGAACCUAAGGAAGAGUUCUAUUCCCCGGGACCUAUGUCUGAAACAAAACCAGUUAAGGACCUGCCUGCGCCACCGCUCGUUCCUGCUCCAUAAAAACAUAAUCAUUCAAUAAAUUUUGAAUAAAAUUUAGAAAAAAAUGUUAAAAGUUCA